CCAUGGUUAGUUAAAUAAUUCUUCACUCCACCAUUUUCGCAUCUCUCUCUCUCUCUCUAAAAAGCAAGUGCUUUUCUUCUUUCUCUCACUUUCUCAACUCAUCUCUUCUUCUGGGUUGUGUUCUAAUAAUGUUAAUUAUUGUUUCUGCAAAGGCUUAGAUUUUCUUAGAUCUAUAUUCUAUCUAAAUUCAAAUUUGCUUCUUUCAGAAUCCAAUUUCAUCAUCACAAUUUUUAAUUUUUUUUCAUCUGCAACUGUAUUUUCUCGAGAAAUUUUGCGUUAAUUUUGUAACUAACAUGCAGAUCCACGCUGAAAAAUGUAAUUUUUACAAUUUUUAUUAGUACCCUUUAAAUUAUUUUCACCUUUUGUUCUUCUAGAUCUUUCAUCAUGUUCUAGAUUUGAGUAAAGAUCCGUUUUUUCCACUUUAAUUUCAUAAGGGUAUCUCUGUGUUUGUUUAGAUCUUGGGUAAUUCCACGUGUUUUCUAUCUUUGUUUUUAUUGUUGAGAGAGAAUGAAAAUUUUCCACAAAAGUUGUGAAAUUUGGAUCUCUUGAGCGAGUGAGAGAGAAAAAAACAUGAAUUAUUUUCCAGACGAGGUAAUAGAACAUGUUUUUGACUAUGUGGUUUCACAUAGUGACAGAAACUCUUUGUCUUUGGUAUGCAAAAGUUGGUAUAGAAUAGAGAGAUUUACAAGACAAAGGGUGUUCAUAGGAAACUGUUACUCUAUUAGUCCUGAGAGGUUGGUGGAGAGGUUUCCUGAUCUGAAAUCUUUAACUUUGAAGGGAAAACCUCAUUUUGCUGAUUUUAGUUUGGUUCCUCAUGGUUGGGGUGGUUUUGUUUAUCCAUGGAUUGAAGCACUUGCUAAGAAUAAGGUUGGUUUGGAGGAACUUAGGUUGAAGAGGAUGGUUGUGUCAGAUGAGAGCCUUGAGCUACUUUCUCGUUCUUUUGUGAAUUUUAAGUCUUUAGUUCUUGUUAGCUGUGAAGGGUUCACCACUGAUGGCCUUGCUGCUGUUGCUGCUAAUUGCAGGUCUCUUAGGGAGCUAGACCUGCAAGAGAAUGAAGUUGAAGAUCACAAAGGACAGUGGCUAAGUUGCUUUCCAGAGAGUUGCACCUCACUUGUCUCUCUUAAUUUCGCUUGCCUUAAAGGAGAUAUUAAUUUGGGAGCACUUGAGAGACUUGUGUCAAGAUCUCCUAACCUUAAGAGUCUAAGGUUAAACAGAUCUGUGCCUGUCGAUGCACUGCAAAGGAUACUAACGCGAGCACCUCAACUAAUGGAUUUAGGAAUUGGAUCAUUUUUCCAUGAUCUCAAUUCAGAUGCCUAUGCUAUGUUUAAGGCCACCAUUCUCAAGUGCAAGUCAAUAACCAGUUUGUCAGGGUUUUUGGAAGUGGCUCCUUUUAGCCUUGCAGCUAUUUAUCCAAUUUGCCAGAACUUAACAUCCUUGAACUUGAGCUAUGCCGCAGGCAUUCUGGGCAUUGAGCUCAUAAAACUUAUCCGCCACUGUGGGAAACUACAGCGCUUAUGGAUAAUGGAUCGCAUUGGAGACUUGGGACUAGGUGUUGUAGCUAGCACAUGUAAAGAAUUGCAAGAAUUAAGAGUUUUCCCAUCAGCUCCAUUUGGAAACCAAGCAGCUGUUACCGAAAAAGGACUUGUAGCGAUAUCAAUGGGAUGUCCUAAGCUUCACUCAUUACUCUACUUCUGUCACCAGAUGACCAAUGCUGCUCUCAUAGCAGUGGCCAAAAACUGCCCAAAUUUUAUCCGAUUUAGGUUAUGCAUCCUGGAUGCAACAAAACCUGACCCUGACACAAUGCAGCCACUAGAUGAAGGUUUUGGGGCGAUUGUGCAGUCAUGCAAGCGACUGAGGCGGCUAUCACUCUCAGGUCAGUUGACCGACCAGGUUUUCCUUUACAUUGGUAUGUAUGCUGAGCAGCUUGAAAUGUUAUCUAUUGCAUUUGCUGGCGAGAGUGACAAGGGAAUGCUCUAUGUAUUGAACGGAUGCAAAAAGAUUCGCAAGCUUGAGAUUAGAGACUGUCCUUUCGGAGACACGGCGCUUCUAACAGACAUAGGGAAGUAUGAAACAAUGCGAUCCCUUUGGAUGUCGUCGUGCGAGGUGACUGUAGAAGCAUGCAAGACACUGGCAAAGAAGAUGCCGAGGUUGAAUGUGGAGAUUUUCAGUGAAAGUGAACAGGCAGAUUGUUACGUGGAAGAUGGGCAGAGAGUCGAGAAGAUGUAUUUGUAUCGUACAGUGGCUGGGAAAAGGGAGGAUGCACCAGACUAUGUAUGGACUCUGUAGGUGCAUUUUAGGUUCAGUUUUAUUUAAUUUUUUCUUAUUUAUUAAGCUGUUUGUACUUUGUUUAGGCUGACUGAUUAAAGCAAUUUUAGUCCCCUCCGGAUAUUUAGUGGUUUGUACUUUGUUGUAUUCUUGCACUUUGCUAGUUUUUAUUAUACAUAAAUAUUAGACGCCAUUUCACUUCUUUAAUA